UACAUUAAUUAAAGAUAUAAGUACUGGUGCAUCAUCAUUGCUUAUAACAUCUAUGUCAAUAUCAGUACCCACUGCUACUGGUACAUUAACUAUUAGUGUUACUGGAGGUGCAUCAGUAGUGACAUCAUCAACUAUGAUCCCAAGGCCCAGUACAAGUAUUAGUGGCUCUAGUGUUGUUCCUAUUGUAUCAGGAGCUGUUGGAACAGUAUUAUUAAUUAUAAUCAUUAUUAUUAUUAUUAUACUGAUAAUAAUACUGGUAAUUAAAAGACAAAGAAGUAAAUCUAACAAUAGUGUAGAAUUGAAAAUGUACAGUACUGAUGGGGCUACUCCCACAUAUGAUGAGAUCAUUGACAAACCAACUACUACAGUGCCAGUACCAAUAUAUGAUACACCAAUGGAGACAGAUAUUAACAUCAAUGUACACACUAAUACUGCUUAUCAGAGAUCAACAGUUAAUAAAGAUAUAAUUGAUGUACAAAAUAAUGCUGCCUAUGGACAAGUAACAAUGUAAAUAGACAGCAGAGAAUUAUAUUUUUAAUCAUUUUUGUAUUUAGUAAUUCAAUGGUAAUAAUUAUUUUAAUGAUAAUGGU